CAAACUUCGUGUAAAACUUAAUAUACCCUGUUCAGGGUCCAAAAAUCCAAUAAAAUUGCUCAUAAAAUUGAAAAAAAUCAUUACAUACAAGUAUAUAGGCAAUUCACAAGCAUUGUCUUAUGUCUUAUGUCGUAUUUCAAUAGUCUUAAAAAAUACGACACUUGUGAGCACCCUUUAAUCGUUGUAUGUCAUAUUGUGUUAUAAUUCUACACUUCAUCAGCUGAAAGCUAAAAAUUAAGAAUACAAAAAUGCCACGAGAAACUGACAAAAAUAAAAUAAUAGGUUAUUUAUGUGAAAAUCAUGCAUUGACUUUAUUAGGAGUUGAAUCAAGUGAGGAAAAAGACGAAGCUAUUGAAAGUUUUUUAAUCAGCAUGAGCUGCUUGCUGAGCAAGAGAAGAAGCGUUCAGUUCGGCUUACCAAAGUGUUCCAGUUGGCAGCGAAAUGAGCUAAGGAAUCUUAACGAAAGCAGAUUCAAUCAGAUGCUUCGUGUUCGCGCGGAGGAAUGCGAACGUAUCUUAGAAUUAAUUAAAAAUGACGCUGUUUUUAAAACAAGUUCAAGUGCUACACAAUUUCCAAUCGAAUUGAAACUCAAAAUAGUGCUGUAUCGGUUGGGAUCUUCCGACGAUGGACAAUCUGUUCGCAAAGUGGCUUCCUUAUUCGUUGUGGGUGAUGGAGGCAAUAUUAAAAAUGUAACGCAACGAAUUUGAACGAAGCCAUGUUGCGAUUGAAAAAUUAGUUUAUAUACUGCGAAAGAAAUGCCAGGGUGUGUAGGUUACAUCGAUGGUUCCGAAAUAAAAUUAGCCGAAGCUCCAGUUAGAUAACACGAGAUUUACUAUUCGUGUAAACGUCAAUAUUCUGUAAAAAUACAAGCGAUUUACGACUAUAAAUUGCGCAUUAGGCAGGUAACGAUUGGUUAUCCAGGCAGUGUACAUGACGCGAAAAUAUUUUCAAAUUGUUCACUCGCAAAACAUCCGGAACGAUUCUUUUCGACAUCACAGUGCGUCGCGGGAGAUAGUGCCUAUCCACUGAAACCAUAUUUAUGACCCCCUUCCGGCAAAACAGCGUUGAAAAUACAAAAGAAGAAAGGGAUUCAUUUAAUGCGUAUAACCAAAUACCGCGUACGAAUUGAGAAUUGUUUUGGUCUUUUGAAAGAGAAGUUCGGUAGCUUGAAGGAGCUCAAAUUUAAACUGCUCUCAACGUCAAAUAAGAAGGAAUGCAAUGACUGGAUUAUAGUAUGUUGUAUUCUUCACAACAUGUUAAUGAAUUUCGAAACAUAUAAUGGAAACAGCAAUGAAGUUUCGAUGCCUCAAUUUCCUUCAACAUCAGGAAAUAUUAGGAGAAAUUACUUGCUUCGUUAAAAAAAUCAAAAUGCUUAAUACACAUAUAUGUAUGUUCUAUUCUAUAUUCUUUAAUCCUACAAGUUAAAAAAAAUGCGUG